UUGGGAAAAGGAUAAUAGAUGUAACAGCAGCGUUUAUCAGGCCAGGCUCCGCGUAACAAGGUGGCAAUGUGCGGAUGACUUUAGCGCAGGCUGAGGAGAAAUUUAACUGCUCAACAAGGCGGACAGAGAUUUAACUGAGUGGAUCUGUUUAAAGGGAUUUUCGUCUGCGCGUCUUUUUGGAUUAUAAUCCCUCUGGAGAGAUGGAGUGUGGUGAAAGGAAGAGGAGAAGGAAGUCACGGAGCUUUAAACUGGUCACGGAUGAAGAUUAUGACCCUUCAUAUAUGAUGAAUUCCAGCGGUAAAGAUGCCAACGGAGAGCCUAAGGUUGCUGCUGCUGUGCCUGAUGUAGUUUGGCUGGGGGAUGAGGGCGUGGAGAUCAAGAGACAAAUCACAGGUAUGAUGAGGCUUCUGAGGGACAAGAGCAGCAGGGUGUAUCAGCGUGCUGGAGCCGAGCAGGAUGGUGGAACAAAGGAGCCCCAGGAUGGAUGUCGGGACUCGGAACAUCAGUCCGCACCUUUGUGUCUCGGAUCAGAGGAUCAUCAGAGCAACAGCUGGGACUGUGCAGGAGAUCUCGGGGCUUCACCUUCAUCUGCAUCCACCACCACCCCUAAAGGCCCAGUCUGUGGCCAGUACAGCACCCACUCCAAAGCCCUGAGGAUCCACAACGACAAGGAUCUACUUAAUCUACUCAAAGUCAAUGAAGCUGAAGACGCAGUAUCUCCUGCCGUGCCAGAAACCCCCUGCUGUAUGUGCAAUUGUAAGGGCACCUUGCAGGCUAUUUUGCAGGAACUGCGAACCGUGAGGAGGAUGAUGCAUGCUCAAAAAGAAAGACAGGAGCAGGCAGCAUCACCAUGCCAACCUCGUCUUGGUCCAGGACCAGCUCCUUGUUGUAGGCCACGUAAGUGGAGGCCAUUUUAUAAAAUGGCACCACUGGGUGUGCCAAGUACUCGAAGAGCUGCUCUUAGCUCUCUGGAGGCAUCACCGCUCAUAGCUACACCUGCAGAAAGUGGAAAGAGGGAGGAAUGUGAGAAAGAGCAAGACUCGUCCACAGCCACCAGUCAUCCCGUCUCCUCUGAGGUUUCUGUGCCGCCACCUCAGAAUAAUUCAGUUCCUCUGAACCACUCACAGAGUCGUCCACUGAACCAACUGAUGGAACCACAGUCAUUAGAGGUUCGUCUUGCCAAAGAUUAUGACGUGUUUAUCUCAAAAACUCAGCUGGACUCCAUCCUCAUCAACUACACGCGAUCUGGGAGCCUGUUGUUCCGGAAACUGGUGUGUGCCUUCUUUGAUGACACUACCCUGGCUAACUCCCUGCCAAAUGGUAAAAGAAAGAGAGGACUCAAUGACAACCGUAAGGGCUUGGACCAGAACAUUGUAGGUGCCAUUAAAGUUUUUACAGAGAAAUACUGCACUGAACACAGAAUAGAAAAGUUGCCGGGGCCACGAGACUGGGUGCAGAUCCUUCAAGAUCAAAUUAAGCUUGCCAGGAGGAGGCUGAAAAGAGAUGCUGCCGAUUCAGACGAACCCUUAAAUGGACCAUCAACAAGCUGCGACUAUAAGAAGCCCACAACAGUGGAAGCGACAGCAGUGAGCACAACAUGAUUGCCCUCAUCAUUUGAUUUGUUUAGAUGUUUCAUUUCAGAUCUUUCCUUUGCAUAUGUUAACUGUUAUGUUAUGAAUAUAAAGGGUAAAAAAAGCAACCAGAUGAAGAGGAAGAUGCUGGAUGAUACACACACACACACACACACACACACACACACACACACACACACUCACGCACUCCAGCUUUAGCGACUGUGAUGAUUUACGAUGAUUUUACAUGUCAAACCCUGUGGAAAUUGGACUUUGUACAAGCAAACAACAGUGUUUAAGAAAUGCCAUGUCAUUUUCAAGACUGGAAAUAGUUGACAUUAAAGUAAACAGCUUUAAAAGCACUUGUAGUUCACAUGUCGGUAGGAGGUUGUUUUCUGGCUGCAUUUGACUGACUGACUGUAAGCGGAAUAUCUCCGAACAGUAAAGGUUGUUUUAUGUUACAUUUUAGAUUUUAUUGACGAUCUGGACACGGAUACAAUUUUUCUUUUUUUUAAUAUUUAUUUAUUUAUUUAAUUAUUCAACAAUUGUUAAAGGUCUACUUUGUAACAAUUAGUGACAUCUGAAGGCCAGGUUAUACCAAUUUGCAUUCCCACAUGCACAUACAUGCCUGUGGUUCUGGUCAUGCUUAACAAGGGUCUGCAUUAGUCUAGUCUCACAGUCCAUGUUUUUCCUUUGCAUAUCUAUAGCUUCUGCUUCCGUUCACAAUGCAAUUGUACGUUUGGCUUUUGUAUGCAAAGACGGCAGCCUCUGUAAAUCAAGGCCUUGUCAAAAGUGCAUACUGUAUAAAAGGUGUACUCCAAGGCUAUGACAACCAAACAAUUAUACACUUAUACAAACAUUCUUCACAUUCAUAUAUUCAGUUUCUGCCAAUAAACUCCUCUAAAUGUUUAUGUUACACACUGGACCUUUAACCUUGUGAAGCGAGAAUGUGCUGACUCUGGGAAUCUGAGCAGCGUUGGCGGAGGUCGGCGCUCUCGGACUACUUUAUCUAGUUUACUAAGAGCCACAAUUAAGUACUGUAACAGUUCAGUAUUCAUGUAUUUUGCACAAAUUACAUUUUGAGGGAUGUUGUUUUGUGGAUCAUGCCUUUAAGGCGACCUGUAGUUCAGUGGGUGAAAUGUGCAGUGCCGCAUCAGCCUACAUUCCAAACAUUGCAUUGAAAAUAAAUAUUUGAUGUGUAUUAAAAAGUAAUAGUGUUUUGGUUUUUUUCUUGAGUAGCCACACAUAUCUGUAUUUACAU